GUGUUAUACGGACGGAGUUUUGGCUGGCUGUCAAAAAAUUAUUGAAAAUUUUUCACUCCUCUCGAUCACUCGAGCCAAAUCCGUAUCGUCGGUCGCAGCAGUAUCGCGAUUCGCAGUCCGGUGUCGGUUGUUCCGUCGUGUCAUGAAAUUCUAGCGUGAGAGUGAUAUUUUCCUUCUUCGGUUCGGUUAUUCCUGUAAAUAUAUGUAUAUGCGUUAAUUUUAAUUACCGCUCGGAGCAAAGUGAAGAAGAGAAGAAAGCAAAAAAAGAAAGAAGAGAGAGAGGAAUAAAUUAAGUCGUUAAAAAUUAUCAAUAGAAAAAAAUCAGUGUCCAAGCUGCCGGAGAAGAAAAAAGAGGAAAAGCUUGGCUGUUUUGCGGGAAAGCGAAGAAAAAAAGUGUCGGAAAAGCGAGUGAGUGAGUGAAGCAAGAGGAUAUCGCGACCGCGUGAGACGUGAAGUCGAGGAAAAGUGGAGCAGCAAAGUGGAUCAUCAUUCCUAGACCGUCGUCGUCGUCGUCGCGUGGAGCAGUGCCAGCUAGAAUCAGCGGCCAGAAGCUAGCGCCUUUGGCCGAGUUCCCGAGCAGACCAGCGAGUGGAAAAUUACGGUCGCUUCUUCCGAAAACGAGCAGCAGCAGCAGCAAGCAACGCCAGCCAGCCGACCAGUUCAUCUUUUUCAUGAAAUCGGGUCGAUAAUCGUCAAGAUGGAGUGCAAAUUGAUUUCACGAUAUUCGCCACUAUUUGUGCUAUUCUUAGCAUCACUAGUCAAUGCACAAACAGGUCGCAAACGGGACGUGAACAAUCUGUACCAGGUGAUCUACUACGGGGACUCGCAAACCGAGGUCGGCAAACCGUUCGCGAUCUCGUGCAUCAUCUCGAUCGCCGACCCGGUCGAGUGGCACAAGGACGGCGAGCCGCUGCGGAAGCACAGCAACAUCCGCCACGGCAAGGACGAGCACUCGUACAUCGAGAGCGAGAUGGGCAUCGCAGGCAACCGGGACAAGAUUGAGGCCACCAUUAGCGUGCAGAGGGCGCUGCCGAAGCACCAGGGGCGCUACCAGUGCAACUCACUGUACAAGAACUAUCACAUGCUGUACGUCCACCGGAAUGCGUCCGACGGUAGCGAAAAGAUGAUGCCCGGCCGCCGAGGUCCGCCCGAGUCCAUCCUCGACAAGCUGGACGAGCCCGUCGUGGGGCCCCUGCUGUUGACCUCGAUGCGUCCUCCACUGAUAACUUCAAUCGCCGAGUUGCACCAUCCGCUAUCGACUCCCGAAUCGGGACCACUAGCGCCACUGGAGACGCACCAUCAUCACCAUCACGUCGAUAAGACAGACAAAGCGGCCUCGCACAAGCCCGAUUCCGGCCAUCGAGCCAAAGAGCCGCUGGAAGGUCAACAACUCACCGGCAAAGCUAAUAAUCACAUCAAAGUCGUCGAUAGUGAAGACCCCACCCCGGAUAGCGACAAAGACAACGAAGCCAUUGUUGAGGACACCCGGGAAGACGGUCCAUCCGGGUACGGAGGCAUCGAAGAAGCCCCACCACCACCGCCCCUCUUCGAAGAUAACGUCGCACCCCCCGCCAUCGACGAAGACGACUCCAUAGACGAGGAGCAGGACUCCAUCGUCAUCGAGAGCAAGGACGUAUCGCUCGAAGACAGCCUCAUCGACAAGUUGAUAAUGAACAAAAGUGAGAUAAACGGCAUAAUCCGGGUUGACGACAGCGAAGAACAGCCCCCGCCCCGCCAACACCAGCACCAGCACCGCCCCCCAUCUUCCGGCGGUUUGGGCAAGCAGCUGGACCGCAUCCGGGACAGUAGCAACAGCCAGAACAACAUGCUGAUUGCAGCGGCCGUCAUCCCCACGACCUCCUCCACCUCAACAACCGCCCUCGUCACGGUCCCACAAACCCCGCCAACAACAACAACCACAACCACCACCACCACUUCAACGACCACCACGUUGAUGCCGCUGGCCCCGGUCCAGAAGCAGCACGUGGAGACGCACGGUGGACAUCACCACCACCACCAUCACGAACAUCAACAGCAGCAGCAACAGCAACACUCGGCAACGGUUGCGCCCGUUUCAGAUAUCCUGCAUCCCAACUACGACGAUCCCAGCUCUAGUUUAAAGUAUUUCGAUAUCGCGAAAGCUCUUACACUCGGUUGUAAUAUCACGAAAGAGGGAGAUUAUGAGUUAAGUUGGGCGAAAGACGGAAAGAACGUGAGCGACGUCGAAUCGCUCAAUAAUCGCUUCAGGAUCAUUAAGGAGGAGAAGAAGUUCAUCAUCAGCCGGGCGCUGGAGAGCGAUGCUGGCGUGUACACGUGUAGUGUGCCCGUGUUGAACGCGUCCAGAACUAUUAAUGUAUUAGCAAAUGUUAUUGUUAAAUUUGAAAGCACAGAAAUAGGUAAAACAAACAUGGUGGAAGGUGAAACUCUCACGCUGCACUGCUUGGCGUUCGGAUCAGCUCCGAGAAUCACCUGGAUUGUCGGCAACCAGAGCCUCAGUGCGAGCACGGACCACAUCCAGCUGCAGGAGGACGACAAGGGCGUCGAGAACGCCCGGCUCACCAUCUCGGCCGUCACGAUGGCCGACUACACCGACUAUACCUGCGAGGGUCGGAACAACGCCACGGACAUCUCCGGCAAGCCGGCCCAUGUCUCGAUAACCGUUAGAAUUAGAGGAAAAUACGCUGCGCUGUACGUAUUCGUGGGUAUCAUUGCCGAAGUUGUUGUAUUAUGUAUCAUUAUUUUGAUAUGCGAAAGAAGACGUAACAAGACAGAAAUCGAGGAGAGCGACACCGAUCAGAGUCCAGACCAGAGAAGGAGAAAAAGUUCACGAAACUAUAACUAAUAAUAAAUUCUAUUGUACUGCUAAAGAAAAACUCUUUAAGAAAUUGUUAAAUAAAGCUUAGUUAUAACGUAGUGAUACAUGAAGUAACGAGAAGGAAGAUUAUUAUGAUAACCUAGACUACGAUGGAAAAUUCCGGUAAAAAGUACUUUACGAUAAAAAUAAAUCACAGCAACAGAAGAAAAACCUGAAUUUCCAUAUUCAAACAAAUUGGUUUAUACUUUGGCCCCAAACACCUAACCACGUUGAAAGCUAGCUGCAGAUUCGAUAAAAAAACGAUAGAAUUUACAACAAAAAAAAAACAAAAAUGGCUAGCCUAGCGAAUCCUGCCCGCUUCGAACAGGGAUGUCGAUCAUGAGAAGAAAAAAAAACUUUAAACCCACCAGAGAACUUAUCCUAGCGCAGAACAAACUAAACAAACUUAGACUUCUUUCCACGUUCGAACGAAAUCCUGACAGGGAGAAAGAAGGACGGAAAUCACUGCGUAACAACGUUAAUCUCGUGUAUUCUUUGGAGGUGAAACGACCGAAGUUACUAAACUCAACAAAGUACAGAAAAAGCGAGACCUACAAAAUGCGGCAGUUUAGGCUUGACGAGACAACCCCCAUUUUUGCGCGAGUGUGAGAAAUAGUUUUGUGAAAUUGAUUCAGAUAACCCAUACAUUAUACCACAGCUGCCCGUACAAAACGUUCGUCUCACGAUGAUCGACCCUUGAUGAUUUUUUUUCUGUUAAGAAAAAAUCGUUUCAGAAUUUCAGAAAAAAAAUAUCUUGCCGGAAAUUUGUCAAGAGUCGACCAUUGUAGGAUUUUUUUUCCAAUCCAAGUAGGUACAAAACAUCACUGAAGAAAUGCGUUUGCGAUCAUGAAUUUAAGAAAAACGCCAUCAUCUUAGUGAUAGUUUAGCAAAGGCAUGAUCAAACUAAGGUAGUAGCUUAAAAAAGCCGAUUUGCGUAGGAUAAAUCAAACGAUCAUCGCAGGAGCACUCUUUUAUAUGAAAAAAAUAAAACGCAAAACCAAAACAAUGCCAGAGAACAUCAAAGCAAAUGCAAACUAGUUCGUGCAACUAGACGAAAAACAAAGACUAACCAAAAUAUCACAUAGCGAGCAUUACAAGUAAACAAAAAUACGCGAAACACUUACUAGUCUUGGGUGCGUUCCAAGACGGUAGAGAGAAGUGGUAGUGAGCAAUGUGUUGUCUACUUGUUGAUAAAGUAUUAGUGACAGCUCGACACUUCGUUGGCUGGGCGCGCAACAUGCUAUUGGUCUUCGCAUCAUACGUUACCCACAGCAUGCGACGAUUUACGUCAGACAUGCCUUCUUUGGGUGUACAGUCAACUCUCUGGUAGUCGAUCUUCGCUAUCUCAAUAUUGCUUCAUCUAUCGAUGGUUUCAUGAGUCCCUCCAAACCGCUUACUUUGAUGCUCUUCUUUCCUCUAUAUGCUCUUGAUUCUUUCUGGAUGGUUCCUUGGAUUACAAUAUUUCAUCUUUCUCAUGGCUUUCAGAUCUUUUUUCUUUGUGAAACGAAGCUUCGAAGGAUUUUUCAUUUUUCUUUUUGUUUGCUGGACAUUGUGAAUGUUUUCUUCCAUAGCUGGGUAUCAACAAAAAUAUAUGUUCAAUCGAACCUUCAUUUCUGCAAACUAGUACUUCUCUUUCUCCCUUGGAUCCCUUGGAUAUUGACAACCAGAGAGUCGACUGUACUUUUAUUAAUAAUUUGAUUCCCUUUUGAUUUUUUUGUAGCAAAACCACCUAAAAAGCUACAGUAAAGCUCGUUUGAUCAGAACAGUAUCUAGAAAAGCUUUUAUUGACGAUAACCAAAAAUCCAACUCUACACGGAGAGAAAAGAGUUCCCAAAAUCGUGAACAAGCGUUCAUGAAAAUGAAAACCUCGAACAAAGUGUUCAAAUCCCAUGGUACGAUUUUGAAAAAGUACCUGAAAUUUGAACACUUUGUUCGUGGUUCCCAUUUUCAUGAACGCCUGUUCAAGAUUUUGGGAACUCUUUUUUCUCCGUGUAAUCGGUAGGAAGCAAUUUGGCUUUGAGUAUUUAUUCUUAAUUCAUAAACCAGAGUUGAUUUGUGGACCCAAAAAAUGUUUUUAAAAAAAACGAAACCAACUUUAGCCUAAAGAAGGCUACGUUUUGCAAAUUCUUACUUUUUUUACACGUUGAAAAAAUAAAUUUUUGAAUUCACUGUGUGUGAGAAUAAGAUAAAAAUCACAUAAAAUAGAAUGAAGAAGGCAUUACAGAAGAUUGUUGGAAAUCUUCAACUGUAAAUAUUGUAUUAUAAAAAAGUAAUUUAACAGAGAUAAACAAAUAUAAAAUAAAUAAAAUCGAAAACAGAAGCGCGGUUUAAGCAACCAAUUUCACCACUUCAUUUUUCUCUCAGUGUACUUUUAUCGUUCUUUCGUUGUUUCAGCUAGAGGUGAUACAGUUUUGGGUAGGCAAAAAAUAAUAAUUUCGAAUCGUUACCUAGCGAAAUAUUAAGUAUAAAGUAAAAAAAGUGGUAUCGUAGACGAUUUAGUUAAAAAUAUAAAAUAAAGAGCAAAGUAUUAGUCAGUACUGCGUUGGAAACGUGUCGCGAACGCGGGGUGGAGGGAAAAAAAUUAUAAACUAAUACUAAAAAUACGCUUUACCUAGUUGAGAUUUUAAAACCGUACAAGUUUGAAAACCUUACACAAACACGAAGCUACUCACUCACAGACUCCAAGCAUCGUUUGAUCAAGUUUUUUUUAUUCGAAAACAACAGUUUUGAUGAUUUUAUUUUGUUUGAAUUUAAAAUAAAAGAUGCAUUCAGAUUUUUUUAAAUGGGAUCUUUAUUUCAGCAUUAAAAAUAAAAAAAUAUAAUUUUACUAAAAUUCUUCAAACAUGGACAAAGCAAUGUUAGGUUACAGACCUCUAAAUAACGGUAUAAAACAGUUGAAUUGAUCGCAACCUUGAAAACACAAAAACCAAAAAAAUCACAAAAGUGAAUAAAAAAAAUAGUUACAGUAGGUAUCUUUGACUAAUUAAAAUUAAGUAAGAUUAAAGCAAAAAAAAGAUAUUAUGAAUUUAGAAGGCAAACAAACCUUAGAGCUAAUAGGAAUAUCGAGUAAAAUUAUAUUUUUAAAACUGUGGAACAAAAGCCAAACAUUUUGGAAAAUUGUGGUCGCAGUUUCGCUAAUAUUUUUUUGCAGAUAUCGGAUGCAUGAAUCAAUUAAGUUUAGUUCUGGCAGAAUUCACGAAAAUUCUGCGUUUUUCACCACGCAGCAUUCUGUUGAUGAACCUCGAAACAUUCCAUCGGCACCAACAUACAAAAACCUACAGACAUGUAAAUUACUUGAAUGUGUGGGUUAAAACUACCUUCACUUUAACUUGCAACAAAUAAAUCAGUUUCACUCUUUAAAAAAAGGGGGCAAAAUACUACAUUUUACAUCAAUUUGAAUUGUGGAAAUCACUGAAAUUAUUAUCCACACAAAACAAAAAAAAACACGAAAACUCCAAUGUUCCUCUUCUACGAAAAGCAAAAGUAUUGAUUUUACAAUACUUUGGAAAUUAAAUGAAUGAAAAAAAAACAAGCGAAACAUUUUUCCUUUUUGAAAUGCUCUGGAUACAAACAAAAAAUACAAAGCAUUUUGGUUCUCUUGACGCCAAAGGCAAUGAGAAUAUACAUAGUGUAAAUAUUAAACAAAUAAAAAAAAUACAUUCAACAAGCCUACCAAAUUUGGCAGUUUCCCUGCGCAGAACUAAUGGAUUAAAUAAAUUUGAUGGAAGCGUUAGACUCACACUCACACACAUAUUCUCACCACCAAUAGCAUUACUCACAGCGACUCACUAAAAUCUCACCUACUCACACACGGAACCACAUUUCAAAUAACAUCAGCAAAAUGUUUCAAUCAAGAUAACCACACAUUCGAUAGGCGUAAAAUGGUAUUUGCAAAAUACUGAAAAAACAAAGUCCCACAUAAUGAAAUAAGCACUUUUCAAUCUCAGCAAAUAAAAAAAAUGUCAACAGAACGAGUUAAACCAAAAAGAGAAAAGAACUAAAAAAAAUCGAUGAGAAAAGGUGAAGAGAAAUUUGAAAACACAUUUUUAGAUGCACGAAGUUGAUCAACAAAAUACUUAAAAUGAACACACAAAACAAAAAACUUUCACCAUCAAGCAGCAAAACUCGACAAACCCUACUAACAAAUUCCAGCAGCGUGUGACCUUUUGUUUAUUUAUUCUGAGUAACAAGAAACAUACAAGAACUUUAAAACAACCAUGAAACAGAAAGUUAUCCUGACUGCUUAUUGAAUGAAAAGAAUCGUGCAAAAACUUAAGAAAAAAAUCAUUUACAAUUGAGUAAACAACAACUCAAAAAAAGAUGUUCUUUUCACAAAUCACCAUAUUAAACUUUUCAAAAAUAAAAAGUGACGAGAACAGAUUGAACUUAUUUCCGGAUACUAAAGGAAAUAGCCACAAAAACAAUAAUCUUGAACACUAACCCCCGUUUGUUGAAGCAAAAAUGCCAUCAGUUGAUUGUUAAUUUCGUCUUAUUGGUAUUGUUCGUUAGUUUUGUUUGAAAAUAACCAAAAUUCAAUGCGAAAGUAGGACAGCAAAAAAAACAAACAAAACACAUACAAGCAGCGUAAGAACACAAUUCAAAGGAAUAUUGCAGAUAAACAGCAAAGGAAAAAAAAAACAAAACAACCAAAAUACGCCGACACAGAAAACAAGCAGAAAAUCAUAGAAUAUUUAAAGAAACUGAGAAAAAAGAAAUGAGAAACUACAGAUAUUGUUAUUAUGUAUAAUGUUUGACCAAUAAAAAGUGAACAGUUGAUUUAAAAUAA